AGCUUUGUUUCUCCCCCAACCACCAUGGCCCUCAGAGAUCUUGGUCCUUUAUGGGUAGUCUGCAUGAUAGGAUAGGGCUGAAAGAAUUUAGGAGGAAAUCCUUGAACCAGACGUUGGAGGAAGUUGGGUGGAGACAGGUGGAAUCUGAAAGGUGUCUUGGAUCAGAGAAAGGGUGUGAGACAAAGGCUUAAGACAGAAAUAAGCAUGAUUUGGGAAGGGGAUAGUCAAUAACCAGUCUGGCUGUGGGGGGUGUGGUGGGAUGUGAAGUUUCUUUGGGAGGAGACUUGAAUGUCAGGUGAGAAACCAGAUUGCACGAAGGGAGAGGAUGGUGAUACAAUUAUGGCUUCAGAAGAGAGGGUGGAGGUUGAGUAGGACUCAGGCAGGAUGGGAGAGACUUCCAGAGUGAGUGUGAAGCCGCAGGGAACCUGUUACAGGAGUCUGAGGAAGGAGAGAUACUGAAUUCUCUCGAAAUGAAGCAGGGCCUAGGUAAAAGGCUCUGCCUUCAAACAUGGAACAACAGAUCUCUUCCUGUCCUCUGUGAGCUGCUUUACCAGGUCCUAGGCCACUUCAGGUUCUACUGAUACAGCUGGGCGGCCCUUCCUGAGAUCUCACCUCAGGUCUUUGCUAUUGCUGUUACUUCUGGUCUUGAACCUGAGCAAGAGGUGAGAAGAGGGAUGCUUUCUGUGACCUGGGCUCCUUCCCUCUCUGCAAGGCUCAGUGUUUGGGAGAAGAGGAUUUGCCAAGCCCACUCCUGUGUAAGCACUGGAAGUUGGCUUCUAGCUUCCUGAUGCCUGAAAACUCUGGGGUUUUCCGAGUCAUCACCAAGCAGCAAGGCACUUAAGUGACCGGGUCUUGCCCCACCUGCCAAGAAUACUGUGCUGUAUGCCUACAGAACUGUCACUCGCCCCUCUCCAAGAAUGUCCAAGAACUGCUUACCAGGCCUACUCCAUGAGCUCAGCCAUGGAGUCAUGUUUGGGCUGUGUGGCUCGGUACCUUGUGUGCAUGCAUAUGUAUCUAUCUUCGUGCUGAUGGGUGAUGGGGAUCAAGCUCAUGUGUGACCAUGCAGGCAGGUUUGCAGGUUGUGACACUGGUUUUGGCAAGGAGACAGCUAAGAAACUGGAUGCCAUGGGCUUCACGGUGCUGGCCACUGUGUUGGAUUUGAAUGGCCCUGGUGCUCUAGAACUGCGUGCCCGCUGUUCCCCUCGCCUGAAGCUGCUGCAGAUGGACCUGACCAAGCCAGAGGAUAUCAGCCGUGUUCUGGAAAUUACCAAGGCUCACACGGCCAGCACUGGCCUGUGGGGUCUGGUUAACAAUGCUGGCCUCAACAUGGUAGUGGCCGACGUGGAACUGUCUCCAGUGGCAACUUUCCGCACAUGUAUGGAGGUGAACUUCUUUGGUGCACUUGAGCUGACCAAGGGCCUCCUGCCACUCCUACGUCACUCAAGGGGACGUAUUGUGACCGUUGGCAGCCCAGCAGGAGACAUGCCAUACCCCUGCUUGGCAGCCUAUGGCACCUCCAAGGCGGCUAUUGCACUGCUCAUGGACACAUUCAGCUGUGAACUGCUUCCCUGGGGUAUCAAGGUCAGCAUCGUCCAGCCUGGCUGCUUCAAGACAGAGGCAGUGACUAAUGUGAACCUCUGGGAGAAGCGCAAGCAACUGCUGCUGGCCAACUUGCCUAGAGAGCUGCUGCAGGCCUAUGGUGAAGACUACAUUGAGCACUUGCAUGGGCAAUUCCUGAAUUCACUCAGAAUGGCAUUGCCUGACCUUAGCCCCGUUGUAGAUGCCAUCAUUGAUGCACUGCUGGCAGCUCAGCCACGCAGCCGCUACUACACGGGCCGUGGCCUGGGGCUCAUGUAUUUCAUCCACUACUACCUGCCAGGAGGCCUGCGGCGCCGCUUCCUACAGAACUUCUUCAUCAGUCACCUUCUACCCCGAGCACUGAGGCCUGGCCAACCUGGCCAACCUGGCCCUGUUCAUGACACAUCCCAGGACCCAAACCCUUCCCCCACAGUAUCAGCUCUGUGAACCACAAACUUAGGUGUUUCAGCAGGAGAGGCUUCUUGAGCUCUUGGCCCUCUCCCCUGGCCAUUAUAGACCCCUCAACCUUUCCCUAGAGUCGCUGUUAAGAAAAGCCCAGCCUCUACUGCUGAUGCCGAGGCCAGGCCCGGGAGGUGGGAUUUCUAGUGAGCCUCUGGACCGCUCCUCUGCUUCAUGAGCCCAUGUAUACCCUACCAGGCACGACCCUGCAGCUUGGAGAGCCCAGAUGGAUGGAGAGUUUAGUGUGAGAUGUGGCUGUAGCCUUUGAGAGGAUGCUACAGACCACUUCUGUGCUGACUUUAGAAUGAUUAGACGGUGGGGCCUCCUCAGAACUCUUUUGGUACCCACUGUCUCAGUGCUGCGUCCAGAGUAAAUCCCUCUUGACUGGCUCAGGAUUUAGGUUCCCAACCACUGGCUCCAGCCACAUGGAAGCUGUAUGCUGCAUUUGUCUGGUUGUUGGCAUUUUAAAAUAAAGAUACAUUUUUUUAUUUCUCCUAGAAUGGGAGAGAUAGUGUUUGGA